UAUGCUAAUAUAUCUUCUUUCAUAGGCAAAACUGCCCCGCGUUUGGCCGAGGAUAUUCAGUUGUACGAUUCUACCUACCCACCGAGCAGCGGUCGCAACUUGCUUGCACAAGUCCCUCCGGUGUACCCAGAGGACUACAAUGGGCCUUUGGAGUACAUCUCGGGCGAUGCAUGUCCGCAUGACUAUGUGAAAAAACCCGAUCAAACCCACCUUGCUCAGGCAGACCAACCCCGCCGGCAAAUGUCUAAAGUGUCUGCAAUAUGCUCCAACUGCCGCCGUCAUUUACAGGUGGUUGUCACCUACAACAAUGGCAUGGUCACGUCUGGAAAUGGUCUAGCAGGUCAUGUCCAUCAUUUUGUGUACAAGUCAGGCCGACAAAGGGGUCGUUGGACAACUGAGGAGGUGAUGGAGACCGGACAAACUGCCGAGACGUUCCACUACCAGUGUCUACAUCAAUCUUGUUCGACAGUGGUUUCUCUUCGAAUCAUUUCGCCAAUAUUAGAUUGGAAAUUCACGCAAUUGUUAACUGACCCGGAUGUCAUUCGAGAACGAGCCAAGGCAGCAUUUGCUUCUCAGCCGGAACGCCUUGAAGGUGUAGCCGCACCCUUACCCAUCACUGUCCUCGAUAAUCUACGUCUCUACCUCACUAAUGCACUUCGCCAUGGCGACCGGAGCAAGCCUAUCACCCAGGGUAAUAAGCGGUUCAUGGUGUCAUUUGGUGUGAAGGGAGAGCCUUGCAGGGAAUUAUUAGAGUUCUUAGGGUUCUCUUCUACUGAGGUUUGUUAUCAACUCGUUCUACUCCUCCCCUACCAAAAAGAAGCAAAAGAUCUAACAAAAAAAUCUCAGAAUGAUGCUGCCUGGAAGCCUCCUCUGGUGGAUAAAAAGGCUUCUUUACCAUAUCAAGAUGCUUUUUGCAUUUUCCUGGACGAUGCCAUCCUUGAAUUGGUCUGCCUAAUCAAUCAAAGGCCAACCUCAGAACGGCGUGGAAUCCAGCUGACUGCCCUCCCUCCAUCCGCAAAGGAUGAUAUAUUUUAUGCCUUGGAGGCAUCCGAUUACCCGAGAUCCAAGCGUGCAAAUGACUUUGAAAUGGCACCUGCUCCCUUUUACGAAGAUCUUGGUACUGUGGAGGAUAUGUCUGCCUCGCUGAUUGUAGAUUCAUAUCACCAUCAAGUGCAGGUUGACCCACCGCGAGCUCCACAUUACUUGAACUGCCUAAAGUCCAUUGGCACCAUCAGAGGUGGUGAGGAUUGGGAGAUCAUCAGCCAGGCCGUCCAAUUGGCCUAUUCGGAAGGAAGGUACACUAAUGAGGACGUGACUGAUGCAUACAAGUACUUUGGGCUUCAGCGUAAUGAUCGCAAUAUCACGGAGGAUGCCAUAGUGAGCAAAUUCUAUGCGGUCCUUGGCUCAACCAAUCAGGAAACAGAGGCACGCCGCCAGAUGUGGAACAUUGGUCAAGAUCUUGGAAGUGAACGUAUCAAAGCAGCAUCAGAAGACCGUGUUGCUACCGCUGAGCAAGCUAGGGUUUUCCUUGGGGUUGAUGAAAACACACCGGAUGAUUUUAUCAUAACGAUGUACACGGCAAAGGUCAACGACAACCCCUCUUGCAAAGAAUUAGCAGACAAGGCCGUGCAACUUAUUGCAGAAUCACGCAACUCACACGGCUUGGAUCAUUUCAUCAAAACAGGAGAGACAGUUGCCGGAGAAAUGGAUAUUGCGGAUGCGUACCGCAUGCUUCAGAUCCCUGACCGGACUGCAGAUGACGGUUCCAUCAUGGCUGCUUACACAAUUUGUGUCGAUGAGAACCCUCGUCAGAUAGAACUUUAUGGUCGAGCGCUCCGCAUCAUCGCCAAGGAAAUCGACAGCGUUAUGCUCAAAAGCAUGGCAGGGAUCACCGCUGAGACUGAACAAGAUCUGACCGAAUGGCCUGUUGGACUACAGAAUAUCGGCAACACGUGCUACCUGAACAGCCUUCUCCAAUUCUACUUUUCCAUCAAGCCCUACAGAGAUUUGGUCCUGAAUAUCGAGAAGUAUCAAAUGGACACGGCUAACGAAGCAAGUAUGAGCGGAAAGAAAGUGGGAUCCCGCAUGGUGUCUGUAAAGGAAAUUGAGCGCUCUCUCCGAUUCCUUACCGAACUCAGGGUCCUCUUCCGUGAUAUGAUUUUCUCGCAAAAUUCUUCCGUCACCCCUAGCCAGGAACUUGCUCUGUUGACUCUUAUCAGCCCGGGAAACGAAGCGGCGAUUCGUCGACGGUCGACAAUUACCAAAUCUCAGACACACGGACUGGGUGACAUUAAUGGCGCCCCUGUGUCAGGCCCGCUUGGCCCUCCUCGGCCUCUUUUCGAGUACGUGCCGGGCCAUAACGCGACUCCUUCCAUAGCCUCGGAUACUGUCGAGUUGAGUGAUACAGGAAGUGAGGCAACUCUGGUAUCUGAGGAUAAUGGCACAGGUGCCACCAUCGAGAUGGGUGAAGUGGGCGAUGUAGCCCCCGAGGCAGCAUGGGUAACAGAGAAUAAUGGAGCUGGGGCUCAUGCGCCAUCCGUGGGUUCUGAGCCAAUUAGUGAGGGCUAUGUCAAUAUCUCCCCGACCCAGCCCGAACCUCCUGCCCGUCCGCCGCCUGUUCCUCCGCGUCCCGCUCCGGAAAUCGACACCGAGAAGCAACUGAUCGAAGAAUUGGAAAUUGGGGCACAGCAAGAUGUCACAGAGGUCAUCAACAAUGUGCUCUUCCAAAGCCAGUGCGCCAUCAAGCCCCGUGAGCUUGCUUCGGAUGGAGAGCAAGUUGACCAUGUCAAAGAUAUGUUCUAUGGUCAGACUCGGUCCUACAUUACAACUUCCGGCGGUACGCGGUUCAAAGAUGAACGUUGGUGUGAUAUCAAAGUUGACGUGGCUCUUGGACCUCGCGACAUCUAUGAUGCCAUUGACGGCGCUUUUGACGUUCAGAAUAUCAGCGUUGAGAACUCCGAGGCAGAGCAAUACGGAUCCAUUACGCGCAUUCCCCCUGUCCUCCAAAUUCAGGUGCAGCGUGUCCAAUUUGAUCCUGUGAAGAAGACUUCCUACAAAUCAACAAAUCACUUGCAGCUGUUCGAAACGAUCUACAUGGAUCGGUAUAUGGACACUUCGAGACCGGAUCUGCUGAAAGGAAGGCGCCAGUGUUGGGAGUGGAAGAAAAGCCUUGCCAGCAUCGAAACGCGCCAGGCGGAGCUGCUACGCAAACAGGAAAAAGAUGGCCUUAGUAUGGUAUCUCUUUUCCACGGCGCCAAUGGUGGGCUCGACGAUCUGUAUUCGAUCGAUGGAGACACAGCUGAGGAGGAUAGUAUUAUGCUGGAGGCUGAGAAGCCUUGUGCCGAGCCCAACUCAGGUCCCAACAAUCCGAAGAUCAAUGAACAGCUCGCCCAGGACCUCAAGCAGAUCUCGGAGGACGUGGUCACUGAGUACAAUUCCCUCGACCAGCAAAUCGAAGACACAAAACUGCUGAUUGCCCGCAAUUUUGCUCACUUCCAAGACAUCCCCUACCACCUGUACGCGGUCUUUGUACACCGCGGAUCCGUCUCUUUCGGCCAUUACUGGAUCUACAUCAAAGACUUCCAGAAGAACAUAUGGCGCAAAUACAACGAUGAGUACGUGACCGAAGUCCAGGAUUUGAAUGAAAUCUUCGGUAAUAAAAACGACGCCAAUCCCCCAACUCCUUACUUCCUUGUCUACAUUCACGGAUCCAAGAAGGACCUUCUAGUUAGCCCCGUCUGUCGCGAUGUUGCCAAGGAUAAUGUUGCCAAGGAUAAUGUUUUCGAUGAUAAUGUUGUCGAGGAUGCCAAAUCCGACAGCCCCGCCGAUGACCCCUCUAUCAUGGAGGGCAUUAUCAGCCCGAAUCCCAUCGAACACGCCCACCAGGACUUCCAGCAGUCUCCGUUCGUUCGUGCUAUGGAUCAACAGUUAGAAGAUACCGACAUGACUGAACAGGAAUAA